AUGCUGUACAAGGUUCAUCGGUUCUUCCUCGAGAGAGACUCUGUCGUUUUUCGAUCGAUGUUCUCAUCCCCACCUGGAGAACAAGAGAUGAAGGGAACUUCAGAUGACACGGCGAUCCUCCUCUCUGAGGUGACGCAGUCAGAAUUGGAUGCAUUACUUUCCUUCUUCUAUAAUAGCAUGUAUCAACCUGAUGUCGACAUUUCCGAGUUGAAAGCACUACUUUCAAUCUCAUCGCGCUACGUGUUUGAGCAGAUCCGCCAGCGCGCUGUGGAGAUGCUCGACAAUCACGACCCGCCACUUAGCCCGGCAGAACAAGUCGCACUCGCGUUCAAAUACGACAUCAAGCAGUGGCUGAAGCCUGCCUACGUGACGUUGGGAAAGAGAAAGCAACCGAUUUCUGAUGAAGAGGCAGCAGAGAUGGGUUUCGAAGCUACCGUGCGUCUUGGCCGAGUGCGAGAGACGCUCCUCAAGCGACACCAUGGGGAUCUACCAGUACGUUAA